CGAUCUAAAACGAACGAACGAAAAAAAAACAUGAAUUUUAUUCGGAUUAUAAGUAUUUUGAUGGCUGGAUUAAUGAUGACAAUCGGAUUAUCGGAUGCUAAUCCAGUUGUUGCUGGUGGUAAAGUCGGUCCACAUGGUGGUGGUUUUACCAGCGGUUUUGCUGUUGGACGUUCAAUUGCAUUAGGACCGGGUGGUAAAAUAACCGGUGGUGGUUUUGGGCCAUUUUUUGGUGGUAUACCAUUUUUCUUUCGAAAAUGAUUUUUUGAAAAAAAAAAUUUUGCUUUCAUCAUCACCGUGAAAUGAAAUAAGAUAUAC